UGCGACAAGAUGAUAGCAGUGACAAGACGAUGAAGCAACUGAGCGGGACUUGGCUUUUGGUCGUUGCAAUGGGUGUGUAUGAUGUCUACUAGAGUGUAUUGACCAUACUGCUCUAUUCCAUCCGAUCGAUGGUACCUAGUAAUUUUCUUUCUUUCAACCUUCGGAGUGGUCUUGUCCUUCCAUAAAAUCAAAAAUUGAUAGUAUUGUUUUUCAACCCAGCAAACGAAAGGAAAGCAAUUUCAUAUUUCUCGUAAGUAACGUAUAUUCAUAAAGGUAUUCGUAUUCGACGUUUUGUUCGGAUCGAUUGAUUGAUUGUGUACCGACAUACUUUAGCUAUUUGUCAUAGUUUCACUCACCAAAAUCGGAUGCUUAUCGUCCUUGCACUCUCCUUUUGGUACUCGUCAAGUGCAGAAUCACAUUAUAUUAUCCAAAUUUUCAAAAUGAAUCCAAUCCUUCGAGUGAACACAUCGGCUACCCAACCCUCCCUAGAUUACCUUUUUCACGAAGACGAAGACUGCAGCAGGAUGAUUCAUCGUACUUUUGCCUUUGACGAAUGGGAUGAGGAAGAGACGCUGACGAACGAGGCAUCCGAAGCAAUAGUUGGACUUCAGAGCGAAAUACACGAAGCUACCGACGAAUAUAUACAUUAUGAGCCUGAAGAAGAAUCGCGUCAACGAACGAUUUACCGCAGUUUUGCUUUCGAUGAAUGGGACAACGAGGUGUCAGAAAAUUUUGAGGAAGAGUUCAUGAAUGAGAGGUCCUUCAUACCAAUAAAUAGUGACGGUGAGAACCAUGGCACAGAAACUACCAAGUUCGAUAUCGAUAAUAUACAUAUCACUUCUACUACUGUAACUCCUUCUCAUACGCCCGACAAAUUUCCUCAUUUCGAGUACCCAUUUCCGGUGUACCCGUCCCGGUCCGUUCGAAGACUGGAUUUCUCCUCUGUGCUUCCAGAUGGCCAAAACACCCAGACAACUCCGUGUCGCCAGCAGAAUCUCGACCCAGACUUUCCUCGUACUCUAACCAACAUGCAUCCCGGCGAUUACAGCGCUCUGAAGCACAUGCUUCGGCAGAAAUUUGUCUAUUCGCCCAUKUGUGAAAGCAUUCCACGGAGGGGCAGUGCUUUCCACACCGUAACCCCCACAGUGGAACCGAGCAGCCCUUCAUCGAGUGCCAACCAUUGGAACGAUGCCCCAAAGAACUGCGACUCCUAUCCCCACCUCCCAGACAACCAGUUUCUCGACCAAGAAGACACCGGUCACGUGUUUGAAAAUCCAAGUAGCUCCUUUGAGGGUAACCACGAGGUAUCACCUAUUCCAGAAUUUGUAGUAAUUUACAAAAGCGUCUGAACAUUUAAGCACAAACAAAGUCAAAACGGAGGAACGAUGAAAAUACGGCCGAAGGCAGACCUGCAUGUGGAUUCAAGCAGCACAUAAAAAAAUCUUAAUAUU